CAUAAUAAAAACCCGAAGCCACGGAAGAAUCGGGGGUUUCUCGUGGCUAUGGAGACCCCAAAACCCUACCCGCACGCGAACCCUCUGCUAUCCAUUUCCUCUUUCAUUCACAAUCACUGUAUCCGACUCGGUGCCGAGUUUUCGAAUCGUCUCGAAGAUACCAAGCGCUUUGCCGGAACCCUUGCCAGAAGAUGGCCGGCGGAGGCAAAUUGGCGAUUCCUCCCCACACCAGCGUUCGCGUCCCUUACGCAGCACACGAAUGCCUUGGCUGCCACUCUAAGCUCGGACCAAGUGGCUAAGUCCCUCGUCGGCACGGCGGUCUACACUGUUAGCAAUUCAAACAACGAGUUCGUGCUCGUUUCCGAUCCCAAUGGAGUUAAGUCAAUAGGCUUACUAUGCUUCCGCAAGGAAGAUGCCGAGACCUUUUUGGCUCAGGCCCGGUCAAGAAAAAGAGAAUUAAGAAGUAAUGCGAAGGUUGUCCCAAUUACCCUUGACCAGGUUUAUAUGUUGAAAGUAGAAGGUAUUGCAUUCCGGUUUUUGCCGGAUCCUGUUCAGAUAAAGAAUGCAUUGGAGCUCAAAGCUUCGGAUACCAGAAGCAGUUUUGAUGGAGUUCCUGUGUUUCAGUCUGAUCUUCUGAUCGUGAAAAAGAAAAACAAGCGUUAUUGUCCUAUAUACUUUGCAAAGGAAGAUAUAGAAAGGGAACUGUUGAAGGUCUCUAAGGCAUCUAGAGGAUUAGGAACUUCUCAACAUAUUAUGGUGGGUAGUUUGGAAGAUGUUCUAAAGAAAAUGGAGUUGAAUGAGAAGAAUUCUGCCUGGGAAGAUCUAAUUUUCAUUCCACCUGGCAAAAGCCACUCUCAACACAUUCAAGAAGUGGGCAAAGCAUGACAUAGGCUGUGGACUCGGCCAACAGAAUGCACGAGAAGAAUGGAGCAUGGAGCACUGAUUCAGCCAACUGAGACAUGACAACGGAUCUGAUCCAGAGAUAAUUUUGAGACUGGAGAAGCUAACGUCUUCUCUUUUAGGUCGAGAAGGUUAGUGAAAAUGUUGCGGCUGGAUUUCUCAUAUGUGUUGAGUUUGAUCUUACGUCUGUAUAGACCAUCUGUUCGACUUAGUGUUCUUUUGUAGAUCAGAAUUAAUGUAAUUGAGCCUGUGAAAUGGUUACCAAUCCCUAAGAUGCAAGUCCCAUUUUGCUCAUACGUAGCCAAAAUACAAUACUAAACGGAGGGGGGUAUUCAUGUGGAAAGGGGAUAAAUUUGACUGUUUAUUGCAAUAUUCGAGUUUCUCAAUAAAUGAACAUUUAAUUUUUUUUUCUCCACCAAAAA